GAUAUGAUUCGUGAUUGUCAUUUACAGAGAUUUUGAUCCAGCUGUGAUAACAAGCAGGGCAGUUAUCUUUAAUAUACUGACAUUACCUGGAGUUUCACUUAUUCACCAUGGCAGAAACAUCAUCAAAUUUGUGCCUAGAACACCUUCUGUCACCAACUUCUAUUUCAAAUCUCGUAAAGUCAUGGCUGCAAGAAGAUAUUCCCAGUUUAGAUUACGGAGGAAUUGUAGUAGGAGAAAAGGACGAGACAGCGGUACUCCUGUGCAAGUCCCCCGGAGUUCUGGCGGGAGUGCCGUUCUUCAACGCGGUGUUUAAGGCAGUAGACUGCGAGGUGCAUUGGCAAACCACAGAAGGAGCAUUUUUAGAGCCCAUCUUUCAAGCGGCUAUCGUGAAAGGCAAAGCUAGGAAUAUUCUCAUGGGCGAAAGAACCGCUUUGAAUUGUAUCGCAAGAGCCAGUGGAGUAGCAACAUUAGCAAGAAAUCUGAGAAAUCUGGUUGAUAAGUCAAAUUGGAAAGGUCGAGUUGCUGGAACUCGCAAGACAACUCCUGGAUUUCGGAUGGUCGAGAAGUAUGCCUUGUUGGUGGGUGGGGCCGACACCCAUAGAUACGACUUGUCAUCCAUGAUAAUGCUGAAGGAUAAUCAUAUAUGGUCAGCAGGAAGUAUAUCACAGGCAGUUAAAAAUGCAAGGAAAGCUGGAGGAUUCUCCAUCAAGAUUGAGGUGGAAUGUCGGAGUCUGGAGGAGGCCAGAGAGGCAGCUACAGCAGGAGCUGAGAUUGUCAUGCUGGAUAACUUCACACCACAGGCAGCAGCAUCGGCAGCCAAGCAACUUAAGACAGAAUUUCCCCAUCUCUUGCUGGAAGCGAGCGGUGGAAUAACAGAGGAAACCCUCCCUUUGUUCUGUAUACCGGACAUCGAUGUGAUUUCAACGAGCAGACUCACACAGGGGUACCCUGUCGUAGACUUCUCCCUGAAGAUAAGAAAGGAAGGCCACGAUCCAAGAAAUCCAUUGGUGCUAAGUUAAUUCAAGUUACAUGUAGGAGAUGGAUAUAUAUUAUAAGUAUUUUUAUUUUGAAUUCUUUUGGAUUUUCCAUUUGAUACAGGGGUGUGUGGUAUUUACUUUUCCAGAAUUUCCAGGAUUUCGAGGACUCAUUUUUUAAGUUUUCUAGUGCCUGUUGUGCACAUAAAACUUACCAUUAAUGUUAACUUUGCCAUUCAUUGUAACUUGAUUAGCUGUUGAGUGAUGUUACCAUGGUAGUUAAUGUUGAAGGCAAAGUUAACAUUAAUGGUAAGUUUUAUCCAUCUAGGCCUUGAGCUUGAAUGUGAAAAGAUUUGUUCCUGUUUAUUUAUUUUUGAUAUCUGCUAAAA